AGCCUUCCACGUUUCCAUCUCAAUUGAGAUGCCCACCGCGCAUCUGGAAACAUGGCUGCAGCCAGACGAGGCCAAGGGCCAUUGAACAUCGAUCUGCCCAAUGGCGGUUCUUUGAGUCCAGACCUCCCACCUCUCUCGGCCCUUUUCCUCAUAUACUUCGAUAUCAAGGCCGGCUAUACUAUUGGAUGGAAACGGUCACUGCCGGGGGUUGAAUUGGAAGGAGUGGUAGAAUACAAAAGCUUGCCCUCGGGAUUGCAUACGGUCAAGGAGGAUUUGAUAUACUUCGUUCACGACAAUCAUGCGGGACUCAGCGCAUUCAUCAAUGCGCCAGCAGCGGAGGAGUCAAGAAAUGCCCGGAUGAUUGCAGUAGGGAUUAUGGUUCCUUUGAGUUACGGCAGAUUGGGGAGAAGCUGGAAACAUACGGAGCAAUUGAAGGAAAUGGCCAGUGAGUUGAUUGUCGACACGGAGAAGACGGAAAUACUCGAGAAGUAUUGGGAGGAACAUAAAGCACAUGAACCAUGUCUCCCCACAGAAACAGACUCCCUGCUGGAUUCACCCUCAAGCUUGAAGUUUAAACCAGUGCGAGCGAUUUCGGGGAAGCCUAAAGGACAUGGCAGGAAUCGCUCAGCAUCAGAUGGGACAGCAUUACUACCUCCUGGCCACACUUUGUCUCCAUAUCAUCCAGCAUGGAGCCUGCCACGUUUACUCGAGGCAUUUGGACCUUUGAUAUUUCCUUUACAUAGAGCAGCUCUCUUGCGCAAGCGGAUAUUGAUCACAGCGCAUGCGCCUGUUCAAGAGACUUGUGAUUUUGUGUACGAUAUUUCCGUCCUGUCCAACAUUCCCCUUGCAGUCAACGACCUCCUAGCUUCAACUGCGCCUCCCCAGAGGCUGCGCCCUCUGUUCUCAAUCGGUGUACAUGAUAUCCCCCUACUGGAAGAAGAUCUCCGACUAUCCAAAGCAGCAGCCUCGACACCAGGCUCAGACGAACCAGAAGCACGAGACGAGCCAGGAUGUGGCUGGAUAGCCUGCACAACGGAUAGUAUCUUGGCUAUGAAGAGUGCACUCUACGAUGUUUUAAUCACAAUGCCGCCUCUAUAUUCAGAAGACGCCAACGAGAAAGUCUGGCCUAAGAUCGAGUCUCCGCAAGGCGUGGAAAUGAAAGCCACACAGCGAGAUCUCCGUCGUUAUCAGACUCUGCGAUGGGGUCUCUCACGGCAUGUAUCUCCACCUCCUAGUCCUGCCGAUAGACGUAGGAGUAGCUCCGAGCUCGCAGAAUCAGAAGUGCCACGGACAGCAUCAUCUAGUACUUCUUUGCUUAGAGACAUCCCCAUGCUGGAUCUCCCAGAUACAGAUCACAUCGUAGAGCCCUCAUCCUGGUCUGCGCUCGCCUAUUCAGGUUUCAUGUGGUGGGCUUCAGCGGGGGAAGAGCGUGGAGAGUCGGAAGAAGAAGCAGACGCAGACGCUUCUCUCUUGUCCGGCCUUGCACUCUCUCCUUCAAGUCCAUCAUCUUCUCGACCACGGUCUCAAUCCACACUGUCCGUGGCAAGUAAAGGCAAAGGCGGGGCUGUAGGCGAAGAUCUGAGUGCGAAGCAGGAAAUGGCAAUCAUUGCUUAUUUCCAUCGCUUGACGACUCAAAUCUUGACGACGUUGAGUGAUAUUGUUGAUGCCACAGAUUCGGAUGAUGAGCGUGAAGAUGAGCAAGCAGCUCUUCAUCAGACUGUGGAAGAGGUAGGCGAGAAUGAGACUGGGCCGGCAGUGCAUGUAAGUAGUGAUGAUGUGGUGAGGAUGGGACUGGAUGUGUGGUCUACAACAGACCACCAAUUCAUCCAGGAGGUCGCGAAGGAGUAUUUUGGGCGACGAGCUUACGUGGAAGGACGGAAUGUGGACGUAUGCGGCAUUCGGAUUUGCUAGUUAAGUGGAAGAAGUAUCGGGUUCGCCACUUUCUGUACAAUUUAGGAGUGAGGAAUACAUGUCUGGGACAAGA